AAGGAUAUAACAAAUGCAAAUUUUUGAAUUUUCAAUACUAGCCGCGCAAAUGCGCGGGCUAUACGCUUAGUUACAAUAUUAUACAUAAAACUGCUGGAUCUUGAAGCCUUGUUGAUGUCGUAUGGGACUCCUCCACCGAAGAGCUGCUGCUGUUUUUUUUUCUAACAAAAGCGGGUUAUAUUAUAUUUAUGCACAAGUCAGAGGUUGCAGUAAGGUUUUAUCCUAAUUAGCUGCGUGAUUGUGUACACAGGAGUAAUAUAUUUAUGCUGCACGCAGGGGUUAAUAAAAAGAACCUUGAGAUCUAUCCAAGUCCAUGGCCCGCAAGGAACAGGUUAGCCAGCUUUUGGUUCCAACAACCAGUUGACCUUCAAUCAUCAUGAGGAAAGCAUAAGAAGGAAAAGAAAAACAUGAUCAGAUCGAAGGUGUAGUUUAUUAUGGAAGAGAGUGUAGUUGGUCAUAAAACUAAUGCAUAAAAAUGCUCAAUGAAAUUCUGUGUGGCCCAAGCAAGUUGACCCAAGAUUCUGUAUGUUUGGCUGCAACUGCAACUAGCUAAACCUGAUGCCUGCCUUGCGUUUAGUUGGGCACUGAAAUGGCUACUGCAUGACGGAGUGCAGAAGAUGAUGGCGUGCCAGGAGUCAACACGUUGCAGAGGUGUGAGAAACAAAUUAAGACAUUGGAGCAAGAAUAGAAAAGCUGUGGAUCACAAAGCCUUAGGAAAACAAAAUGCCCACGCAUUAACUAGUUUCCUUUCUCUAAACCAUUUGUGGACUUUGCUAGGUUUACAUACAAAGCGGCCCCAGGUCGUGUGCAUUUCUUAACACAGAAGGCCUGCAAUCACAAUAUUUUCUUAUUUUAGAAAGCACUGGAGUAUUUCAGCAAGUAUAUAUUCAAAUGCAUGUUGCAUUUCUUUGUUCUUUUGAUGAAGUCUGUACAGCUAUAUAUACUACAGCAUUGAAAGUUGACAUGCAGAUGCAUGCUUUUAUAAAACCUGUGCUACAUGCUAGCCUACAAUUUGAUCUGUUCUGUCCUAAGAUAAAUGGGGCCGGGGGACUUAGUUAAGGUGGGUGAUGAUAGCAGCGUCAGCCCUGAUCGAUCAGAAAAAUUCCAAAGAGUUGACCUGGGCUCCAUACAACACCAACCCUUGGCGUUGGAAGCGCUCCUCGCAUCACAUGACGGAGCCCCCACUUGACUAAGUAUCCUUGUCAUUUGGAUCACACCACCGUGCACUGCAUACACAACCCUUCAAAUUAAUCGGCCAUCGCCAUUGCUCAUGCAUCGCCGUAUUGACUUGUGGAAACCGGAUGCCCUGUGUGUGGCUGACAUGUGUGCCCCGGACAAAUAAACAUUUUGGUAGGCCGUGUGUGUAUGCAGCCGUGUACCAAAGGCUAGCUAGCUAUUUGCUGAAUAGGAAAUGACAUGAGAUAAUAGGAUUGACAGAGGAGUAGUCUCCCCGCCUCAUUGCCUCUUUAAUACGUAGUCUUAGACACCCGGACAUUGACUUGGAUGCCUCGGGAGAAGCAGCAUUAGGAUUUAAGACCGCUCCUCCUUUUAGCUGUACAGAGAGAGAAAGGUACACAAGCUAAUCAGAUAGAGGUCAAGAGCAUGCCAUCCAAGAAGAAGAGGGCGGCGAUAGAUCUCUCCCUGGAGCGGGAGAGGAGGGAAGAAGACCGCAGAGACGGCGAUCGCCGGGACAAGGAUGGCCGGGUGGACAAGGAAGAGGAACAGUUCAAAGAGCAGAAAGAGGCACCCAAAGAGGAAACCGGCGGCGAGGAGAAGGUAGUUGAAGUGGUUGUAGACCAAGGAGGAGACGGCACCAAGGAGGAGAUCAAAUAUAGGACUCAACAAGGAGAGGAGAUGGAGGAGGACAAGCAAUCAGAGGAAGACGGUAGCGGCGACGACGAGAGCGAUGGGGCCGGUGGAAUUCGUGCGGACGACGACAAGGUCGUGGCGGUAGAGGACUCCGGCGACGGCGACGGGGACCAUACCAACAGCAUGGUGCAAGACGAGGUGAGCGCGAUGCAGGAGGAGAUGGAGAAGAUGAAGGAGGAGAACCGGAAGCUCCGGCGAGUCGUCGACCGGACCGUGCGUGACUACUACGAGCUGCAGAUGAAGCUAGCUGCCUACCAGCAGCAACCGGCAGCAGAUGAGCCUAAGGAGCCAGAGGUGUUCCUCACCCUCGGCGCCACCGCCGCCGCCGCCGGCUUCCCGGAGCCGAAGCGCAAGGAGCAAGCCGCGCGGCGGCCGUCGGUGGGGAGCGACGACACGGACGACGGCAAGGAGGACCUUGGGCUGUCCCUGAGCCUGCGAGCGUCGUCGUCGUACGAGGAGGAGAAGCUGCAGGAAGCAGUGCGCUACUUGGAUGGCGCCGACGGCAAGGCCAAGGGCUACGCGCUGCUGGAGAGCAGCAAGCAGCUCGGGUCACCGGCCGCCGGCGAUCUUGCCGCGGCCGGGAUCACGAGCCAGAGCGUCAACCCCGCCAACCGCAAAACUAGGGUUUCCGUGCGCGUCCGCUGCCAAGGCCCCACUAUGAACGACGGGUGCCAAUGGAGGAAGUACGGGCAGAAGGUCGCCAAGGGCAACCCGUGCCCGAGAGCCUACUACCGGUGCACCGUCGCGCCGGGCUGCCCGGUGCGCAAGCAGGUGCAGCGAUGCCUGGAGGACAUGUCGAUCCUGGUGACCACGUACGAGGGCACGCACAACCACCCCCUCCCCGUCGGCGCCACCGCCAUGGCGUCCACGACCUCCGCGGCGGCCACAUUCAUGCUGCUCUCCAGCACGAGCUCCUCCUCGUCCAUCUCCGAGGCCGCCGGCGGCGGCAGCUCUUCCGCGCCUCCUUACCUCAGCCCCUUCCUGCUCAACUCCACCUCUCACCAUUCCUCCGCUUCACCGUUGCUCAGCACGCCGUCGUCAAUGCCCAGCGUUGCCAGUGGCAUGAACCUGUUCGGGCACUCGUCCAUGUUAACUCAGCAUCAAGCACCAGAUCUCAAGUACCCGUGGUCGUCGGACCCUUCGCGUGGCAGCAGUAGUGGUGGUCUGGCAGGGAGCAAGAGGCCGUUUUGGAGCAGCACCGGCGGCGACGACAAGGCGGCGGCAACAUUGCCCGACAAUGUCAGCGCCGUCAUGUCGGACCCGAGUAAGUUCUCGGUGGCGAUCGCCGCUGAGAUCAACAGUUUCAUGGGGAAAGACGGGCAGGUGAUGAGUAGCAAGGACGGGGAGAGUAGCAGUAGCAAGAGUAGUAACAAGUGGGGGGUGGUUGAAUCACUGCCACCUCCGUGACUGCUAGUCAUCAGUAGAAGAUAAGGGGGCUAGAUAACUGGGGAAAAUCGAGGGGGUUCGUAAUUGUUGUGUGUAACAAAUCGAUCGAGAUAGGGCAGGGCAAACACAAAUUGGAGAAUUUUUUUGGG